AUGCAACUGGCCGUUGUGUCCAUGCCUUCAAGAAGGAAGGGCUCCGUGCUGUUGACAAGCCAUUUUGAAUUGGCCUACCUCAUUCAGACAUCCCUCACACCUGACCUUCUCCAUCAACUCCACAAGGGUCUUUUCAAGGACUUUAUUGUGGAUUGGUGUCUUCAUAUAUCAAAGAAGGGCGAUCUUGACAAGCAUUUUGAGGCUAUGGACCAGCUAUCCUGGCUUGCAACAUUUCAGGAAUGGAAUAUCACUGGUCUCUCAAUGGACUGGCACAGAGUUCAAGGAGAUGGAGAGAGUACUCAUCGGCCUGCUAUCUGGUGCAAUACUCUGGAUGCUCUGCAGGCAGCUCUUCAAGAGUUCCAUGACAACAAGGAAAUCUUCAUCACCCUUGAGGCUAGGGAACACUUCAAUCUCCCCAAGCUGCAUGCAAUGCAGCAUUACAUUGAUUCCAUCCGCUCUCGUGGUUCACCUAAUGGCUUCAACACUGAACUCCCAGAGCGGUUGCAUAUCAACUAUGCAAAGGAUGCAUAUCGUGCCAGCAAUAAAUGUGACUAUGUCCAGCAGAUGACCAAGUGGCUUGAUCAUAAUGAAGAGGAUGAUGAUGAUGAUGAUGAUGAUGAAGGUGAUGGUGGUGAGGAGUCCAUCAGCGAUCCUGAAGAGGUGGAAGAAGAAGAAGGUCGCAUGUGGUUGCCACGCAAACCUCCUCAUCCUUCUAUGUUGGUGCCUGACAUCAUUAGCAACCAUCAAGCUCAAGAUUUCCUCCCAGCCCUUUCGAACUAUUUGAAGGAGACAUGUCUAUGGAUCGUAUCAGGGCAACAUCAGCAGGACCCAGUCGGCUUGGCAGAAGGCAAACUCCUGCACACUUUUAUACAAUCCUUGUCAAAACAAAAGGAAUAA